GAGGGCGGGGUAUAAAGACAAUUUAUUAUUAUUAUUUGCUGAUGCAGAGUGCCUUUGACCAGCUAUGGGCUGGUUUGCCACAUAUGGCCAUUCUUAGAUUGGCCAUAGUAAUUCAUGCUCUGGACUACUGUAAAGUGUUCUAGCUGGGGCUGCCCUUGAAGAUGGCAUGGAAGCUCCAGUUAGUACAAAAUGCUUUUGAUUAGUUAUAGAGUGGAGCAGCUAGCAAGAGCCACAUUUCACUGGUCAUUGAUAUAGGCAGAACAGCUCAUAGCACUCUGUAACCAACUCCUGAUCUUAAUCCCAUUUACUCAACAGGAUUUGGGAAUGGAAAUGGGGACAGGGUGGAUGGAGAAGGGACACAGAAAAUCUGCAUUUCUUUAAAAUGGCUCAAGGGCAGUAAAGGUUGCAGUCUGUGGAGAUGAAGGCACUUUACACCUGGUCAAAGGCUCUCCUUUAAUAUUACUUCAUAAAUUCCAGUUCUUACUACAGACCUGGACAUUGUGACAAGGAAAAAGAGACAGUGCACCUAAUGAUAAAAAAGUUGGGACAGAGGGUUUGUUGUUUGCCCAGGCUCUGCACAGAAAAGACUUUGUCUGUAAACUGACCUGCUGCCAGAGUGGCUCCUCCUCUGCCUGCAUUUCCCUGUUUGAGCAAUAAAGGUUAGUUGGGACCAAAAGAGAGAGAGAGAGAGAUGCUCAACUUCCUGGUCUGCUUGUCUCUGGAAGCAAAGCCAAACAGUACAUAGUCUGAGCAAGCUCUAAAGAGCCAGGCCUUCCAAAUCAGAUUGCUUCCUCUCAUACUGGAAGGACAAUGGCUUACAGUAACCUGGUCAGGUAUUGGAACAAAGGAGUUUUAGCUCUAGAGAAGGGCAGCUGGGAAUCUGCCUUACGCAUCUUCUGCAGCAUUGAAAACCCUCCUUCAAAGAUCAGCUUCAACAUUGGCUGCCUGCAUCUUUCAAGGGGAGACCUGGAGCAAGCUCUGGAGGCAUUUGACCGAUCCAUUUCCAAAGACAAUUGCUUAGCUGUGGGUUUCUUCCAGAGAGGAUAUGCUUACCUGUUGCUGGAGAGAUAUGAAGAAGCCCUGAAUGAUUUCAGGCUUGCCCUGCUGCACCUCAGGAAGAACCCCUGCAUUGAUUAUAAGCAGCUGGGUCUGAAGUUUGUGUUGUGUGCCUGGGAGGUGGCGUACAACACUGCUGCGGCUCACUGCCAUCUUGGACAGUGGCAGGAUGCUCAGCAAACACUGAAGGAGGCUGCUAGAGAGACCCCAAAGGGUCAAAUCCACCACCUUGAUAGUGCUCUGAAGCAAGUGCAGGAACAUCUCUUCUUGGAACCCCGGAGUGUCCCUCAGGGGGAGAUCUUCAAGCCCCCAAAGAAGGACGUGGAAGAGCUAGAAGAAAAAGACUUCCUGGGCCAGGCCAAGGUAGAACCUCUGACUCCGCAGAUAAAAGGGGUCAUCUCUUCUGCUUUUGAGGAAGAUUGUGGCAUCCGCUUUCAUGAUCCCCAGCCGCAGAAAGGCAGCAGUGGGAUUCCCCCACCACCUGGAAAAGAACCCCCCACCCUGCCCUGCGAGAGGCAAAAUAUUCAGAAAUCAGCACCAGCCAAGGAAGAUGACGGCAGGGCAGACAUGAACAUCACUGGUCAAAAUACAUCCCUGGAGGACUUAUCCUCUUCUGGGGAGGCUGGUGACAUCACCAAUGAGUUCAUCCUGCUGAAGAUUCACACUUCCUACUCUGUCAAGGUGAAAAUGAGUCCUGCCCCAUCCCUGGCUGACUUUAGGAACCUGCUACAGGAAGAAUGCUGCCAGCAGGCUACACAGAUGUCAGUGAGGUACAAGAUUUCAGGUAGUGAUGAGCUGAUCCCUGUUAGCAAUGAUGAAGAACUGAGGAACAUCUGGCAAAGCAUGGAAGGUGGUCAACUGACCCUCUGGUGCCAGGCCCAAAGGGAUACCACGAGCAGGCCAGUACUCUACCACAUGACUGCGUGUCACCCCUACACUGCUCAGGGCCAGGAGGAUCUGUCUUUCAAAGAAGGUGACAAGCUGGAGAUCCUCUCUGAAGUGAACGAGGAGUGGCUGGAAGGACGUUGCAAUGGAACCACUGGCAUUUUCCCAAAAUGCUUUGCUGUGCGAGAGUGCUGUUGACACCUGCUCCUAGAGCA